AUGGCGGACGGCUCUGUCGCCUUUGUGAUCGAUGAUGCGUUCAAACAUUUGUUGGUGACGGCAGGAGAGGACCGCUACGUGAAGACGUGGGAUCUGAGGAGAAUCUAUCAUCCGAUCACGGUGCAGAAACGUUUCCUCACCAACGAGGUGUGCUGGCCGUUAAACGCUCCGGGUCUCAUGAUGGCUCAGGAGAACACCUACGCAGCGAACGGCUCUCAUGGCGUCCAUUACUACGAUCACUACAUGCGCUCCAUCUACACCGUUCCUAGGGUGGCUACUCUCUGGUCCAUAUCGUACACCGAUUGGAUGAACAGCUUGGUGACAUCAGACAGUCUGGGAGAAGUGAUCCUCGCUCUGCUUCCUCAGAUCUGCUACAGUCCGCAAUACAUCAAACGCACCAUAGAGAGGCGCUUUCCGCUCUACUUCACGUCCAUGGUGCCUUACGAUACCACCGAAGAAGAAAAUCAAGAGGCUGGAGGAGCAGAGGAGGAGGAGACCUACAAACAAGCUGUGAAGAAGUAUUACCUCCAUCAUACCGACACUGAUAUGCGGACGUUUGCGAAGAGCGAGAAACGAGCCGGCUGGAAACGAAUGAAAGAGACGGAGGUGAAGAGGAAGGUUAACAUGGACGAGAUGCCUAUGGCUUCAUUACAUAAGGUGCGUUUCAGCCCCAACAUGAGCUGUCACCCUUGGGUGGCAUCGGCGGGUCAGACGGGGCUGGUGAGACUCAACUGUCUGAGGAGUAUGAUCAGCGGUCAUGUGACCAAGAUGAUCAGCAAGAACCAGGCACAGUUCAACGCUCUGUACUCUCCAGAGGAGGAAGAGGAGAAGGAAGAGGAGAAGAAUGAGGAGAAGAAUGAGGAGAAGAAUGAGGAGGAAGAGGAGGAAGAACACACUGAGACACAGCAGCUAUAG